AGGCUGCGUUGUGAGGCAGGAUCUCGACUCGUCCAGCUGGACAGUCUGACUCAGAGGAAUCGGACGUUGACUCGGCUGUUUCAGGGAGCCAUGCAGGCUCGGGUGCUGGCGUCAGCGAGGAAGUGCGGAGCGAGAUGGGACGAAGUCAACGCCAAACUGGAAACCAUCACAGCACAACUGAAGAGUGGGAGGGGUUUGAGGCGGAGCCGGGAGGAUCUUGCCGUCUGGUUGGCCGACCUGGACGUCCGUCUGACUGAGGUCGAACACCUGACAGGAAGCACCUGCGAGAAGCUGAGACGACUGCAGACUCGGACCCGUGUUAACGCCCUGCUGCAGCGCGGUGAGGAGUUGAUCCAGCGCAGCGAGCCGACCGACGUUCAGCAUGUAGAGAGCCGCCUGCUGGAGCUGCUGAGAUGCUGCAGCCACGUCUACAACAACAUAGCACGCACACACACCAGACUGCUCAGCAUGAGACUGGUGUUUGAGGAUGACUGGAUCCUCUCUCAGGCUACAGACUCUGGUUGUCCCUCAGAGACUUUAUUAGAGGAAGAAGGAGCGCUUGAUAAACCCACUCCUCCUUCUCCAUCCUCUCCCUCCCACGAGCACCUGGGGCUCGAGUGGGACCCCUCGGUCGAUAUCGGACGCUCCGUCUCCCGUGACGACGCUGACUCUUCGUAUUUCAGCGCCAGCACAGGUAGGAAGUUCACUGUGAUUUCUGAGCUGCUGCAGCACAGAUUCAACAUGAUGUUCACUGGAUGGCAGCAGACGUUAAGCAUGGCAGUCUUUGUCACCCGAGACGGCUUGAAGAGGCGGAGCUAUCUCAGUUCCCUCGGAUCCCUUUCUGACAUCAGCAAUGACAUCAAUAACCAGGAGGCAGACCUGCGACGGGAGGAAUGGCGUGACCCCGCUCUCUUAUCGCCAGUCGCAUCGGAGGACAACAGGACUGAGCUCCUCGAGGAUCAGUGGGUGACUUCGACCCCUGACGGACAGAAGAGCGAGCCGGUCAGCUUUGACUGCUGGCGUGUGAGAGCGUGGCUCGGCGUGCAGAGCGUCUUCCUCCAGAUAGACGGACUUCCUGCUCACUACUUGGAUGAAAGCCGACUGGCCGAACCCAACCAGCUGCAUCUUCGUGUCGUUGACAGUCGGUGUAACCAUGACGACACACAAAAGCCUUUUCUUGGCGGCUCAUUUUCACCAUCACGUGACCUAAAAGCUGCGCCUGAUUGGAUGUGGCACCGACACCAAUCACAUCUACAGGAUGAAGAAGAGCCGUCCUGUUGUGAAGAUGCCGAGCGUCUUCUCUCUGAACAAAGUGUCGUAACCCCCAACAGCAGGACUCCCUCGUCCCUGCUCUCCCCAGCUCUCCUCUACCUUCUCCUGGCUGCAGCUCUGGCUCUGUUGGCCUGUCUGAUCUGGGGCUUCCUGGAGCCUCCGUGCCACCGUAGCAACAGGAUGCACCGCACCCUCCACCUGGCACUGAGAUACGUCAAUGGACCCCCGCCGACCUGA